AUGGUAAUUCUAUACGAAACCCUAAGCCCUCUCGGCGCCACCGAGGCGGCGCCGGCUUCCUCUCAAUCCAAGCCCUACAUCGUCCUCCGCAACCAGAUAUCCGUCGCCGGCGAUGGAGAGCCGUUGCCGGAAUCUGCCGCCCCAGAUUACUUCUCCCUCGAUGUGAAUGGAGCCGAGGACAGGGAGACCUCAGUUGUAGCAGCUCCUCCUCCGCCGCCUCAGUUGGCAGAAACUGCAGCUCCGGCGGUGGAGAGGACGGUAGAGGGCAGGUGGGCUCGCGCCAAUUAUCGCUUCAAAAGCCCAAUGAUGAGGCUUCAUAAAGAGAUACUUGAUUUUUGUGAUUUUCUAUCACCAACGCCGGAGGAGCAAGAAUCUAGGAAUGCUGCUGUAGAAUCUGUGUCUGGCGUUAUCAAAUAUUUAUGGCCUAGUGCUGAGGUGGAAGUUUUCGGAUCUUUUAAGACUGGGCUUUACAUUCCUUCUAGCGAUAUUGAUGUUGUCAUAUUGGGUUCAAAUGUUAGAAGUCCUCAGAUGGGUCUGCGUGCUCUUUCUAGGGCAUUAUCUCAAAGAGGAAUUGCAAAGCAGAUACAGGUCAUUGCAAAGGCACGGGUACCAAUUAUCAAAUUUGUGGAAAGGAAAAGUGGCGUGGCAUUUGAUAUAAGUUUUGAUGUUCAAAAUGGACCACAAGCUGCAGAGUAUAUUAAGGAUGCUGUAUCUAAAUGGCCACCACUAAGGCCGUUGUGUCUGAUUUUGAAGGUCUUCUUGCAGCAAAGAGAGUUGAAUGAGGUGUACACAGGUGGAAUCGGAUCCUAUGCGCUUCUCUCUAUGCUUAUAGCGAUGUUACGGACUCACCAUGAUCGUCAAGCUUCUCCCGAGCGUAACCUAGGAGUGUUACUGGUGAACUUUUUUGACAUGUAUGGGUGCAAGUUGAAUAUAGUUGAUGUUGGUGUAUCUUGCACUGGUGCAGGUGUUUUCUUCCCAAAAAGUAAUAAAGGGUUUUCAGUUGAAGGUCAGCCACCUCUUAUCGCCAUUGAGGACCCGCAGGCUCCAGACAGCGACAUUGGGAAGAACUCCUUCAACUAUAAUCAGGCGAGAUCAGCAUUUGCGGUGGCGUUCACCACUCUAACCAACCCAAAAGCCUUAGCCCGACUCGGCCCGAACAAGAGCAUCCUCAGCGCCAUCAUUAGGCUGGAUGCUGUGCUGCUUAAUCGAAAGGGCAGGCCCAGUGGAAAUCUGGUGCUCGGCAACUUGUUCUUGGGCACUUCAGAACCAUCUGACCAACUGCUCGUUGCCCAUCGCGGCAACCAACCACGUGGGAAUGGGCCCCUCGUAAAUGGUGUGGCAAAACUGUCGGGCAAGAAAAGGAAGGCUCGAAAGGAGAGGAAAUUUGUUAAGAAGGUGGCCAAGGCCCACGGGCCUGGCUUGAGUACGGCCAUUCAGGCAGUGGCCGGGAAUCUGGCGGUUAUGGCGGCAGCUUGUAGCAUUCCCGGUGACGGGGCUUUUAUGUCUUAA